GGCUUUAAGGGAGGGGCGGUUGCGGCUGGGGUCCGCCGGGAUUAGUGCGGUGGGCGCGCCUCUGGCCGCCAUUUCUCAGCGUUUCCCCGGAGUCGCCCCCUCGCCGCCUCGCGCGGCCCUCUCCCCUCCAGUGGCCUCGAGUGGUCGCCGCCAGUGACAAGAUGCUGAGCUUCUUCCGCAGGACGCUCGGGCGCCGCUCGAUGCGCAAACAGGCCGAGAAGGACCGGCUCCGUGAGGCCCAGCGCGCGGCCACGCACAUCCCUGCGGCCGGGGACGCGCGGGCCGUGAUUACCUGCCGGGUGUCCCUUCUGGAUGGGACCGACGUUAGCGUGGACUUGCCGAAAAAAGCCAAAGGACAAGAGCUAUUUGACCAGAUUAUGUACCACUUGGACCUUAUUGAAAGCGACUAUUUUGGACUGAGAUUUAUGGAUUCAGCACAGGUAGCGCAUUGGUUGGAUGGUACAAAAAGCAUCAAAAAACAAGUAAAAAUUGGUUCACCCUAUUGUCUGCAUCUUCGAGUUAAGUUUUAUUCCUCAGAACCAAAUAACCUUCGUGAAGAGCUGACCCGGUAUUUAUUUGUUCUUCAGUUAAAGCAAGAUAUUCUCAGUGGAAAAUUAGAGUGUCCCUUUGAUACAGCGGUUCAGUUGGCAGCUUAUAACUUGCAAGCUGAACUUGGAGACUACGACCUUGCCGAGCACAGUCCUGAACUUGUGUCUGAGUUCAGGUUUGUGCCUGUUCAGACAGAAGAAAUGGAGCUCGCUAUAUUUGAGAAAUGGAAAGAAUACAGGGGUCAGACACCAGCACAAGCUGAAACCAAUUAUCUGAAUAAAGCCAAGUGGUUAGAAAUGUAUGGGGUUGAUAUGCAUGUGGUCAAGGCCAGAGAUGGGAAUGACUACAGCUUGGGACUGACCCCAACAGGAGUCCUUGUUUUUGAAGGAGAGACCAAAAUUGGCUUAUUUUUUUGGCCCAAGAUAACCAGAUUGGAUUUUAAGAAGAAUAAACUAACAUUGGUGGUUGUAGAAGAUGAUGAUCAGGGCAAGGAGCAGGAGCAUACGUUUGUCUUUAGACUGGAUCAUCCCAAAGCAUGCAAACAUUUAUGGAAAUGUGCUGUGGAGCAUCACGCCUUCUUCCGGCUGCGAGGCCCUGUCCAAAAGAGUUCUCAUCGCUCAGGAUUUAUUCGAUUAGGAUCACGGUUUAGAUACAGUGGGAAAACUGAGUAUCAGACCACUAAGACCAAUAAAGCAAGAAGAUCAACAUCCUUUGAAAGAAGGCCCAGCAAACGGUAUUCUCGACGAACUCUGCAAGUGAAAGCAAGUACAGGAAAACCUGAAGAACUCAGUGUUCACAACAAUGUUUCAGCUCAGAGUAAUGGUUCCCAACAGGCUUGGGGUGUGAGGUCCACUGUGCCUGUGAUUCCUUCUGUUCCCUCUGGUCCUGUGGUAGUGGAGGUCGAGAAUCUUCCAAGGAGUCCUGGAACAGACCAGCACGACAAGAAAUGCUUCCCUCUGAAGACUGAUUUGCUAGAUAGUCCAGACUUACUGGAAACAACCAUUGAUGAGUUAGCUGGGGCGGCUGACACCAUGGACACCUCCCCAGCCCCAGGUGAAGUGAGCACAGCCACCAGGCAGGCUGGGUUAGAGGGACCUGAAGGUGAGCGCAGGACAUUCAUAGAUGCCUCAGAGAAGCUCAAACACCUUGAAAUGGAAAACAGUCCUGUGCCGACUCCUCACCCCAACGUGGAUGUUAACAUUAACAACCAGGAGGAAGUGGUAAAGUUAACUGAGAAAUGUCUGAAUAAUGCCAUCGACAGCCCAGCACUGAAUACCAGGAGAGUUCCUCCUGACUUGAAGAGUAAUAUUUUGAAGGCUCAAGUAGAAGCAGUGCAGAAGGUUGCAAGAGAAGAUCGCUUAUUAAGUCAUAAAAAUGCCAGUGUUCAGGAUGCUUCCACAGAGAGUGCUGAAUUAAAUGAAAACACUGUGCCCGUCCGUGGAGACUCUGUGGCUCUGAUGCGAACCACACCUGCAGAAAGUGGGUCUGCUCUAAAGGAUGCUGCAGAUGAACUGGAUGCCUUGCUGUUGUCUCUCACUGAGAAUCUCCUUGACCACACAACCACACCUCAGGUGUCUUCAACAUCAGCGAUCACACCCCGUUGGAUUGUGCCACAGAGCACUGUCCUUCCUAAUGGGCUUGCAGGAAAUGGGUUUUCCCUGACGGGGAAGGAAGGGCUGGGUAGCAGAGAGCUCAUCUCGCCCCCAGCGCCGUUCUUGGUGGACGCCGUGACCAGCUGCAACAGGCAGAGGAGGUGGCGCCGGGCCGUGAGCACAGGAACCCCUACGCUGCUGCUUCCAGGGCGUGUGGCCAUCCUGCUCACCGCGUUGUCCAUGUCCGUGUUCUAGUAACAGCCCUGACUCAGCAAGAAACUGGCUCUGCUCCAGCCUCAGCUGGAGAAGCCACCUUGAAGCAGAAGUGUUUGCUGACGACUGAGCUCUGAGGGAUGGCGGCUCUCCUAUGGCCCGAGGCCGGGCCCCCAGCGUCCAUCCCAGAGCCCACUGCCGCCCGGGCCAGUUCCGCACCAGCGGGUAAAAGGCUCACCUGGUUUAGGCUUCAGUUCCGUGAAAAAGCAGCUACAUUUCCGUCCAGCUGGAAGGGCUAAUUACACUACACUUUUGCCCAAGUGACACAAUACAGUCUUCCACUCUCCCCGAUUCUGCUGCAGUUGUGAAUCCCUAGUGGUGGGGAUGCCGCGCCCUGUGGUUUCCUCCGCGCUCUUGGCUCCGCCUAGUGGCUGUGAGUGUUCACGACGCCCCUUUGGGUGGGCUGUCCCUGGCGGUCGUCAUCAGCCUGGCAGAGGUUCCUUCUCUCGCUGGUGUCAGGGUGGGUGUCCCUGAAUGCCUGCUGGAGAAACUGUACCUUUCUAUCAUUGUCUGGAGAUCGGUGAUUUAGAUAGAUUAAUGAUUACUAAAGAGAAGUUUUUAGAAUUCAGAGGAUUUUCAGAUGCUUCCCAUACUUUUGACUUUUUGCUGGACUGGCCGUCUUGACACUGCAAGUUUACAUCAAGGCAAGAUAGACUGUGAGAAGAACUACAGGAAAGUCAGUAGCCUGGCGUGCGUUUUCAGCCCAGCCUCCCCUCAGGAAGCUUGUCUCCAUGGCCCUCACACACCUGUCACUCUUUGGCCUGGAAGGGGUGGGGAGGGUUGCAGAGAGCCUGAGGCAUUUCCUCCAGGCACCCACACUUCUUCCUGGGCCACAGGGGACUGAAGGCCAUGUGACUCGGGGACGGAAGGAGCGCGUGGUAGUUUCUGGGCGCCUCUUUGGAUGAAGGCUCCAUUUCUUUUUAAUGUAAGCUGAGUAAACUUAGAUUUUGUAAACUAAAGGGAAAAAAAUACCAGGAUAGAAAUAGGCGAUUGGGUUAGGGGGAUCCACAUCUAAAACUAAAUGCAGAUGUUGAGAGAAUGUUAGGAUCUUAUGUUACUUUAAAGGGGUUCUUUCGAAUUUCCUCAUUGCUUUCCAGCUGUACAGAAAGUUCUGGAUGUUAAGGUGGUAUAUUCUCAUUAUAGAAAAUAGAGAAAAGAAUUUCAACACCCAGAAAAAUACUCUUUUAGCUUUAAAACUUUGGAAUGUGUAAAGUAAACCUCCGUUGCCGUGGGGAAUGAGGGUGAUCUGGAAACCGUGUUGGGAAGUUGUCGUUAAUCCCUGUUAUCAAGGGCUGAUGUUAAAGUAUACCUCCUGGAAUUUGGUUUUGGUUUCCUGCCCUGCAGAAACCAGAACUUAAUUGAGUGUUAAUGUAUGCUGUUCUCCAUAAAAAAACACGCGGUUUUAAGAUCUUUAAAACUCCAUGGUCUAGACUGUCGUGGGUUCCCUGUAACAUAGUCAGCUCAGGCAGUCACACGCUUGUGUCUGACUGGAGAGGGUUUUCUUCCUGUGCUGUUCCCGGGACCUGUAGAGGCUGGAAACUACUUUGCACCAAACAGUUUUGCUGAAGGAAGGGGGCUUGGCUCUUCUUGCCGGCUACCUCUUGUAGCCCUUAGGCUGAGACUGCGGACUUGACCCAGGACGAGCUGGACUGGAUGUUGUGUUUUCAGCACACUGAUGACGCUGCAGGCAGAGCGUUAAGGCCGUGUUUCUGGUCACAGAGACGUUUUCUAGAUCUUGGAGCUAGGUUGUUGAAAAUAUCCCCUUACCUUUGUGUCUUCUGGUACCUGUAUCCUUGCCAGUCAGAACACUGAGGAGACUUUCUUAAAAUGCAUUUGAAUCUCAAGCUAAAAGGAAGUUUUGUUUCAGGUCCUGAGGAAGAGUGGUAAAUAUGGAAAUUGAUAUUUUAAUGAAUCAGCCCUGACAGAAAAGAUGCCUGUCAGAUAUACAUCUCAUUCCCCAUCUGCCGUCCCCAGGCAACUGUAAGGCUCCCCCUGCUCUGCCCACCUGGGGCGGGGGGGAAGGGGGAGCAGCAGACGUGAGUCAGGAUGCUGGCAGAGAGCCGAGUGUGGGGACUCUGGAUGGACCGGUGGGCAGGUGGUCACGCUGCGGGGGCAGUGGGGGUCCUGCUGAGGUGGCCCUGUGACUGCUGGCCCUCAGGCACAGUUCCUGACGAUGGAAGAUCUCAGCGCCCUCCUUUGCGUUGGGACCAGCUCGUCCGCUGAGUGCAGCUCUGGGGUGACAUGCCACUGCGGUCGGGUGGGAAGCUUCGCCGUGUCUAGAGUCUCCUUUGCUCUGUGCAGCUGGAGAGUCCUGGCCGCGUCUGAUCCCAUCAGGAGUGAGGAGCACGUGUCUGGAAAGAGCAGGAAUGACAGUGUGUGGGAGCACUGUGAGCACCCCUGCAUUGGAGGGUGCUUGGAGAGGGUUUAUAGCUGAGCUGAUAGACCUGUUUGGCGGAAGUGACCGAAGCCUGCUUGAGCCAGAGGCUCAGUUCUAUGUCACUUUCUUUCCAGUUUUCACUCUGGUGACUCCCUAGGAGCUAGGAUGAUGGUGCUUGUGGCUGUGGGCAGGUUUAGGGGCUCAGGGUGGGUGAGUGGGAGGGAGCUGCUUUUGUUCUCUUGCCGUUGCCUGGUUGGUCUGUGAGGAUCUGCAGUUUCUGGUGAUUUGCAGAGUUCAGGUAGUGCUGAGGCCCUCGUCUCCUGCCACCUGAGGGUGGAGGUUGUCAGUGUUUAGGGCCCAGGUGCAGAUCGGCUCACGUCUUGGCUGAGAAGGUGGGGGAGUGGAGAGCUGGCCUGGGUGUGCAGGUGGGAUUUAAAGUCAGGUUGGUAGGUUUCAGUUUUCUCCCGUAGACUCUUCUUGAGAACUUGUGAAGUAGCACAUGAAAUCCUGUUUCUCAGGACCUUACAAAGGUCAUAGCAUCUGUGUGCACACGAAGGGCUCAUUGUUCUUACAUUCCUGCCCUUGUGGAAACCCUGCUGAACAAAGGAAUGAUUAGACUCCUUUGAUCCUGAUAAAUUUAGAAAUACCCUUAGGUGCUUUCCUAAAAUGUUGAUGUUGUUUUGAGAAAUUUUAUUAAACAUGUCUUAUAGUCUCCUAAGUUUUUGUCUUUACCUAUAUCUACUUGUGCGGUCACAGAAGUUCUCUGGACACUGGAAACCCCUGCUUCCUGACUGCUUGUUCCUCAUGCGUCUCAUUUCUGGCCAACACUGCCUCUGUCUCCUCUUGGACAAGUCGCUGCAGAAACCCCCUCAGAUUGGAUUAUUUGGCAGUCAUUUGCACAGAGGGAAGUUCUCUUAUUUUUCUGUAAGUCAGGCUCUUGAGAAGCCAAAUUCUCAGCUUCUCAUUGAGGGCUGGGACAGCAGGCAGGAAAGUGAGGAGCGGAGGUGGUGAAGUGGCAGGUGGUGCCCCCUGCCGCCCGAGUGUGGGCAGUGUAGAUGGAGGUGAGUGCCCCGGCUUGGCUGCAGGCAGGGACAUCUUCCUGGCAGUUUCCCGCAGAUGGCUCCCGGGAGCCAGCGGGUGUUCAGACGGGCUCUGCAGGUUCUCUGUCCCUGGAGGCCCUGGCAUUUCUCCGUUGGCAUUCUCACUCCCGUGUGGACAAGACAGUCCUGGGCUCCCAUCCCCGAGAGGCCGGGAGGGCUCCCAGUUCUGAUCCAUUGUGCCCUAGCGUUUUGGUUGCUUGGGAACCUGGAGUCUUGUAAUGCAUAAUACACAUUCCAUAUUAUUUGUUCUUAUUCCUCUCACAAAUGUAAACCUAUGGUUCCUGAAUGUUCAGAAGAACGUUGGGAGCUUUUCCUGUCUGUUAGCCUGCAAGUUGAGGAAGUUUGUUUGGUUCAUUGAAAUUUGCCCUGAACUCUGCUGAAUUCACAUGCUGGCAGAGCUGUGAUUGUCUCCAGCUCUGAGAGGUGGGAUCUGCGAGCCACUUUAUCACAUUGAUGGAGACCAUGAUUCAGUCCCUUUGCAGGGUUUUUAUUCAUCAGAGAAGCGUUUGGGUGCAGACCUCUGCUCUUUAAUCUUCCUGUCUGAAUAUGAUAGAUGGUUACAAGGACCUCACUAACUAUUUUGUGUUUACUUUUUAUAUGUAUAAAGCUUUGAAGUAGCUUUUAAAGUGUAAUUUAUUUUUUUAUCAAGUGCACUAUUCCUGCAAUGUGUCCCAGUUUUAUAUGACUUGUACUAGGAGCACCGCACUCACCUGUGAGUUGUUUGUUCAAUGAGAUGACCGCUGUAGACGUGACCACCAAUAAAGUUUUCCUGAAGCACUUA